UUUGGACUCGAUAUUUGACCCAUUUCAAUUCUUAAGGCCAGAAACAAUUCAAUUUCACAAUGUCCGAGCAGAUUGAGCGUUCAUUCCAGAAGCAGGAGUCCGUCUUCCUCAACGCCAAGAGCGUCAGCAAGAAGAACGCCCGUUGGUACAAGGAUGUCGGUCUUGGUUUCAAGACCCCCACCGAGGCCAUCCAGGGUACCUACAUUGACAAGAAGUGCCCCUUCACCGGCAACGUCAGCAUCCGCGGUCGCAUCCUCACCGGUGUCGUUCGCUCGGUCAAGAUGAAGCGCACCAUUAUCGUCCGCCGUGAGUACCUCCACUUCAUCACCAAGUACCAGCGUUAUGAGAAGCGUCACAAGAACAUUGCCGCUCACCUUUCGCCCGCCUUCAUUGGCGUCAAGGCCGGUGACUCCGUCACUGUUGGCCAGUGCCGCCCCCUGUCCAAGACUGUUCGCUUCAACGUCCUCAAGCACCAGAAGAAGCAGCUCAAGGGCUCCAAGAUGUUCCAGAGCUUCUAAUUUUUUCCUUUUAUUAUAAGGGUAGUUCUAAAAAGAUUAGAGUGUAGCGGGAGCUUGUUUCCUGCUGCAUCUGCCAUUUUACGUAUGUGCCUUAAUUGAGUUAGAGAGAAA